AUGCAACACCACAAGCGACACGUCCCCACACUCAUCCCCACUCCCGACUCCACUCGUGGCGCACUCACGCCGUCGCCCGACACACCAACCAGAUCGGCGCCGUCGCCUCACACACCGGCCAAGAUGCUACAACUGUCGACUGGAUCUACAGCCCAAGUGAUCCAACAGCUACAAGCGCACGACGCGCACGGCGACGCGCGCGUGCUGGUCACGUGCGAGCGCGACAACAACGUCCAGAACAAGCCCCAGCGUGUCUUUGACGAACUCUGCGCCAACAUCCUCACGGAUGAUCGAUCUCCAUGGACCGCAACCGCGGGCAACACGAUCAAGGUACUCAAGGAAGGCCGCAAGAAGAACUUCGCUCUGGCACUUGCCGCCAGCCGUGCCAUCGACACCAAGAACAAGCUUGCUGUCCACGCCCAACAGACCAUGAAGACGUCUCCCGUCCCGACGAGCCCAGCACGGGUGCCGAACUCGUGCUCGAUGAUGUCCUCCACUACGUACCCUGACGUGCCCAUGCAGCUCAUUUCCACGUCGCUAGUCGACGACAAUGGUUUUUACCAGCUCUCGCAUGGUGGCAAGCUGCUGGUCAUGACGGGUUACCCGACGCUGACCGCAAGUACGAAGGUCGGCUCACUCUGGCCGCUCGACUGCACGGCGCCCAAGCCAACGACCGGCAACACGAUCGCACGGCCGGCGUGCAGUAUGCUCGUACACGUGCCGACUGCCUCGUCGUACAUGGACGCAGGACUCGGCGCGGCUCUUUGGGCAUCGUGA